ACUGAAGGAAGGGAAGGAGAAUGAGAGAGAAGAAAGAAGCUUGCUCUGGCUUUCUGGAUCUACUUCCUGAAGCAGCUGAGUGUGCCUGGAGAGCUGUGAAGGCCAGAGGAAGUUCCUCCAAAUCCUUGGAAGGUUGACUGUUGAAGCUUCCUUCAUUAAGAGAUAAGGACCACAACAUCUUGGAGAAGCAAGCAGACAACCACAGGCUCCUACCUGAAGAAAGGAGAGAUCUGAUGGAUGCUUUGUGUGGUCUUUCCUGAAUUUCAGAUCCAGAAUCUCUUGCUUCGCAGAGAGUCUACAUACUGCGGAGCUCAUGAUGGUCCUGAGUGGAGCACUAUGCUUCCGAAUGAAGGAUUCAGCCUUGAAGGUACUGUAUCUGCACAAUAACCAGUUGCUGGCUGGCGGACUGCAUGCAGGGAAGGUCAUUAAAGGUGAGGAGAUCAACGUUGUCCCAAAUCGGUCACUGGAUGCCAGUCUGUCCCCUGUCAUCCUGGGUGUUCAAGGAGGAAGCCAGUGCCUGUCCUGUGGGACAGAGAAGGAGCCGAUUCUAAAACUUGAGCCAGUGAACAUUAUGGAGCUCUACCUCGGGACCAAGGAAUCAAAGAGCUUCACCUUCUACCGGCGGGAUAUGGGUCUUACCUCCAGCUUUGAGUCAGCUGCCUACCCAGGCUGGUUCCUCUGCACCUCACCGGAAGCUGACCAGCCUGUCAGGCUCACUCAGAUCCCUGAGGACCCCGCCUGGGAUGCUCCCAUCACAGACUUCUACUUUCAGCAAUGUGACUAGGGCUGUGUGUUUCCCCCAAACUUCCUAAGCAGAGGCAGAGUAGGCGAUGGUGGCGAUGGUGGAGACAGAGGAGCUCCGUAGUGGGUGACUUACUCCUCUCCUUCCCUACAGGACCCCGCUUCCGACUUAUAAGGCACACAGACACUCUCUUCUCCUGCGUCCCAUUGCUGAUAAAUCUUCUGCUAUUUGGAGCUGAAUGUGUAGAUCUUUUCCAAUUAGAUGAUACUACCUCUGGUGUGGAAUCCAAUAGAAACCACAAAGGACCAACAAAGAGCAAUAUGAAAAGAUUCUUGGGAGAGGGAGAGGUAGGAAUGGUUCUUACAUGGUAAGAUCUGACACAGUACUUCAGAAGUCCUGCCAUUCCCUACUGUUCGGGAGAAGGAGGGGUCACCACGACUUUCUCCAGCUGGCUGGGCCCUUUCCCUCAGUCUUGCUCCUGACAUCGGCUGCCUCUCUCAUCCUUGCCUUCAUUCUCUGGCCCUGGACUGAGAGGGUGAUGUCAGGAUAAAGGACAGAAGAUGGCCAGGCACACUGUCCUGGUUUGAAACCAGAGGUACAAUAAAAAUCUCUGUUUCUGGUCCCUACUCACAUAAAAAGAAGCUUGUGAACCUUAAGUGGAAAGAGAUUGCUAAGUAAUGUAUCUUGUAACUUCAUCUUAAUUAAAAUAUACUUAUCUAUAUUAUGUAUUUUAAAAGGGGUCUGGAGUGUUUACAUCAAUUGUAGCCACGUCCAGUUGGGGGCAAGAUAGGUGACUCUUUUUUUAUGUGUGUCUAUUACCUUUUGCAUUAUGAAGGUGGGUUAUUUGCAUAAUCAUAAAAAGGAAUCAAUAUGGAGGGAAAUGAAGCAGUCAUAGUUUCUGGUCAUUCUCACCAUCUGCUGGAGUGAAAUCCAAACUGAGCUCAUCUGCUCUAAGUGGCUGGAGCGAGAGACAGAUCUCAGAAAAGCUAGGAAGAAUGUAAAGGAUCUGUGCUAGAAUCUCCUGGGUAAGGGGUUAACAGAAGAAAUAAAGGAAAGAAGAAAGGACUGGAGGGAGGGAAGAAGAGAGGGAAAAGGGAAGGGGAGGGAAGGAAGAAGAAAUGGGGGGAGGAAGAAGGAAGGGAAGGGAAGGAAAGGGGAAAGGCUAUCUUUGCUUUAACCUGGAAUAGUGACAACCCCUGGGAUUCCAAGGAGUCACAGCCAACUUCCUAGGGGACUACUGUGCUGUUUUGAAAGUUUCCUCCUCAAAUUCACAUCCCUCCCAAAUCUGCUAUGAUCUUACCUAGGCAGAGUCCUUACAGGUAAAGUGCUGGACUAAAUCUCACUUGACCAAUGUCCUUUGAAAAUGAGGAUGUAGACACAGAAGAGGCACAGGGGACAGGCCCAUGUGAGACUGAGACAAAGGUUGAAGUGACUCGGCUGCCAUCAGCCACAGAGGGCCACGAACUGUGUGGAUCACCAGAAGCAAGAAAGAGUGGAGGAAGUGUUCCUUUUUAGGGCAUCUAAGGGAGUUCCAUUUUGCUGACACCUUGGCCUCAACCUUCUGGUCCCCUGCACUGUCACAGAAUACAUUUCCACUGUUGUAAGUUACUAAGUGUGCAGUAAUUGGUGCUAGCAGCUGGAGGGACUGAAUGAAGCUGCCAAUGGUCUCUACUUCCUCAUGUCCACUUCCUCUGAUGCUCUACCAGAUUUAUCUCUGGGCUAGUGAAAUAUGGCAGAGGUGAUAGCCGGCUACUAUAGAGAGUGGAUUAUAAAAGACACUUUAGUGGCUUUGGGGGUCUUUCUCUUUACACUGGGGCAAGCCAGUUUCUAUUCAGUAAGCAGCCCCUUAGAGAGAUCAUAUGAGGGAAGUUAGUCUCCCAUGGACAACAGCAGAAUGUACGAACUCAGAAGCAUGGCCAGCCCUGGAGCCAUUGAAAGCCAGAUGCUGUCUUGUUCGCAGUCUCAUAAGAAACUAAAGCACAACUGUCCAACCAAGCUGCUCUGAGGCAAAGGUUGCUCCACAGAAACCCUGUGAACUGACCAUGUUGCUUUUAGAUUCUGCAGUAAGUUGAUAAGCUGCAGUAAAUAAUAUUC